AUCUUACUUUGCUCGCUGCGGGAGAAGCGAGGAUAUUUUACCCCCUUUUCCGCGGAGGAGGUGGAGUGUAUUGCGGGUGGUUUACACACGGUUUUUUCCCCCCCUCUCUCACGGAUUGUAGUGUAAAUUAUUGACUGUAAACUGACGACUGAGGAAGGAAUAACCAUCUUUUGACGCAGAUUAGAAAGCUGUGCUGGCGGCAGGCUGAGCGAGGAACAUGGCGACCCAGUCUGAUCUGAUGGAGCUGGACAUGGCCAUGGAGCCAGACCGUAAAGCUGCAGUUAGUAACUGGCAGCAGCAGUCCUACCUGGACUCAGGUAUCCACUCUGGUGCAACCACCACUGCUCCCUCCCUCAGUGGUAAGGGCAAUCCAGAUGAUGAGGAUGUGGACAACCAGGUGCUGUACGAGUGGGAGCAAGGAUUCAACCAGAACUUCAGUCAAGACCAAGUGGCAGACAUUGAUGGCCAGUAUGCCAUGACCAGAGCCCAGAGAGUGAGGGCGGCCAUGUUUCCAGAAACACUCGAUGAGGGCAUGCAGAUUCCUUCCACACAGUUUGACAGUGCAACUCCUACCAAUGUGCAGCGCCUGGCUGAACCCUCACAGAUGCUCAAGCAUGCUGUGGUCAAUCUCAUCAACUAUCAGGAUGAUGCAGAACUGGCUACACGUGCCAUCCCAGAACUCACAAAGCUCCUAAACGAUGAGGAUCAGGUUGUGGUAAAUAAGGCAGCAGUCAUGGUGCAUCAGCUUUCCAAGAAAGAGGCUUCACGCCAUGCCAUCAUGCGCUCUCCUCAGAUGGUGUCGGCCAUCGUGAGGACCAUGCAGAACACCAGUGAUGUGGAGACAGCCCGAUGCACAGCCGGCACCCUUCACAAUCUCUCCCACCAUAGAGAGGGGCUGCUUGCUAUAUUCAAAUCAGGGGGCAUCCCAGCUCUUGUCAAAAUGCUAGGCUCUCCAGUGGACUCUGUACUAUUCUAUGCUAUCACAACUCUCCACAACCUGCUGCUGCACCAGGAGGGAGCCAAAAUGGCUGUGCGCCUGGCUGGAGGCUUACAGAAGAUGGUGGCAUUGUUGAACAAAACCAAUGUAAAAUUCCUUGCCAUCACAACAGACUGCCUUCAGAUCUUGGCUUAUGGCAAUCAAGAAAGCAAACUCAUCAUCCUGGCCAGCGGAGGCCCCCAGGCUUUGGUCAACAUCAUGAGGACAUAUACGUACGAGAAGUUGCUGUGGACCACUAGCCGUGUGCUAAAAGUGCUGUCUGUAUGUUCCAGUAACAAACCUGCUAUUGUUGAGGCCGGUGGUAUGCAGGCACUGGGUCUCCACCUUACAGAUCCCAGCCAGCGACUGGUUCAGAACUGUUUAUGGACUCUCAGGAACCUGUCCGAUGCUGCCACCAAACAGACCUCCUUAGCUGAAGUAGAUGUGAUGCAGGAGGGCAUGGAGGGCCUGUUGGGCACUCUGGUGCAGCUUUUAGGUUCUGAUGACAUCAAUGUGGUGACCUGUGCUGCUGGCAUACUGUCCAACCUUACCUGUAACAACUACAAGAACAAAAUGAUGGUGUGCCAGGUGGGUGGCAUCGAGGCACUUGUGCGUACAGUCCUGCGUGCUGGAGACCGGGAGGAUAUUACUGAGCCUGCUAUCUGUGCCCUUCGCCACCUCACCUCCAGACACCAGGAUGCUGAAAUGGCCCAGAAUGCAGUACGGCUACACUAUGGGCUGCCAGUGGUGGUUAAACUCCUCCACCCCCCUUCACAUUGGCCUCUUAUAAAGGCUACAGUUGGUCUGAUCCGUAAUCUGGCUCUGUGCCCUGCCAACCAUGCACCUCUUAGAGAACAAGGUGCCAUCCCUCGACUGGUCCAACUGCUUGUCCGAGCUCACCAAGAUACUCAGAGACGCACUUCCAUGGGAGGCACACAACAACAGUUUGUGGAGGGUGUUCGUAUGGAGGAGAUUGUAGAAGGCUGCACCGGAGCACUGCACAUUCUUGCAAGAGAUAUUCAUAACAGGAUUGUCAUCAGAGGACUCAACACCAUUCCACUCUUUGUCCAGCUGCUGUACUCCCCCAUUGAGAACAUCCAGCGUGUAGCUGCAGGUGUCUUGUGCGAGUUAGCCCAGGAUAAGGAGGCAGCUGAGGCCAUUGAGGCAGAGGGAGCGACUGCACCACUCACAGAGCUGCUUCACUCUCGAAAUGAAGGAGUUGCCACGUAUGCUGCAGCAGUGCUGUUCCGCAUGUCAGAGGAUAAACCCCAGGACUAUAAGAAGAGACUGUCUGUGGAGCUCACCAGCUCCCUGUUCAGGACUGAGCCCAUGACCUGGAACGAGACUGGAGACCUGGGUCUGGAUAUUGCACAAGGAGAGCCUCUUGGCUACAGACCGGAUGCUGUAUUGUCUGAUCUGAAUGAACCUGCAUUGUGAUUUGGCCUGAAGAGUUGCUGAGCGGUCUCAAGAGAGUGGGCUAGUUUCUCUGGAAGUGCCUGACACUAAUACAAGCUGAGUUUCCUAUGGGAACACGAGCAAGUAAAAAAUUUUUUGUUCUGGUCCUCACUGGUGGGAGUUUUAACUGCAAAGGAGUUUCAAUGGGCGGGUUACUCAAAGAAGGCCCAAGAAGUGAUGGGAUUUAAAUUUAAAAUGGGAUUUUAAACCUUAACUUUGCCUGUAAUUUUUAUUUCUUUUUACAUUUUUUUUUUUUUUUUAAGAUUCUGUAGUCUAAUGGUACUUAAUUAGCUUGCUUUCACACUUGUCUUUUAUUUUGCAGUAAUUUUGUAUUCUUUUCGAAUCUCUUGCAUAGUGUUAAAUUAUAGUGGUAAUCCUCCAUCAAUUAAGAUUUUAUCAAGUUUAUGGUGUAGAACACUAAUUGAACUGUAUUCUGAUCAAGUGUAACAUUGUGUAGCUUUUGUAUAAAACCAAGAAUGAAAGAAAUGGUCCAAAAUCCAGCUUUCUUGCUUUAACAAGAUCACUGGUUCCGGUGUCGCAAAAGGGUCUGCAAUCAAGGGGGGGCAGUUUUUUUUUUUUUUUUCUUUUCUUUUCUUUCUUUAAGUUCUCUUUUUGAUGGUAGCUUUAGAAGGUUUUGAAAUGAACCCCUUAUUAUUGUAGCCUGCUGUGUUUAUUGGAGACAUGGUUAUGACGUGGCUAAAUAAAAUAAUGGACAAACUUCA